AUGGCUGGACAUGAUGGUUCCUAUCCUACGGACGAGAUGAUUGGAUUGGCGAAGAGGAGUCUGCCGACAUACCAGGAUGGGGUCCAGUACGCACCGGGCCAGUACUGCAAGAGCGACUAUUACAUUCUUGACAGAGCGUGCGCGAUCCUGGGGACUGUUGCGGCAGGGAUGUGGUUGAUUGAUUUCUGCAUGAUCUUUGGGCUCUGUGGCUCGAGCGGGCAGUAUGGCCCCUUCCGUCGGGAUGAGCAUCGUAUUGCGGUUGCCGGAAGGAACAAUAACCCGUCGAGCAGUGUGGCAUACCAUCACCAGAGGCGUGGGCAGGUCGGGGUGGAGGAGUAUAUGGUUGAGGAGGAUUAUUACCCGGCCGGAGGUCAAGCGCUUCCAUCUUUAAGGCAUCCAGGAAACCACUACGACGGGGAUACGAUCUACAACGAACAGGAUCAGUACUACUACGAUUUGCUGGAGCAACGGAAACAGGAGCUCGAAUGGCGGGACCAGAACAGGACCGUGGAUGACCCCAAGGGACAUGUUCAGGGUCCUAUCCCUUUAUCGAUGCAGCAGUUUUAUUACGCGACCGCGUACCCGGAUAAUGUGGUUGCUGUUCGGGAGACUUUGAUGGCUGCUAACGGGGUCUUGAGUCCGCCCGGUAGGAUGGUGAUUGGAGACGACUUUGUUGCUGUCCCUGGUGGUGCUGGUGUUGGGGAGGGAGUGAUGACGGCUCUUUCGCCACCACCUCGGCCGAAUUCGACGGCGGUCGUCAACCGGUUUGUUCAGCCGCCGGAUUCACCUACUCUACCUGGACAGGAAGAUAAGCAGAAGCAGGAGGAAGAUAAAAGACAACUGCCUCAACCGUCGCAACUACCCUCGCCCAUGAACCACACUACCUCCUUCAGCUCCAUCGGAACCACCGCAACCAGUACCUCAACAACCACCCAACAACCAACACCAGCUCCAACAUCCCCACUGGUGGCACCAAGAACACCCCGCCUAAAAACACCCCGCCAAACACCCUCCACCUCAACUUCCACCCGCCUGCAACACAAAAACUCCCUCCCAGCACUCGAACUGCCCCCACACCAACCCCUCUCCACCACAACCCCGGAGGACAGCACAUCUGCAACCUCUCCACGUUACGUCGUUUACCCCCCAGGCCCCGCAUGUUACGUCUUUGAUUCGAGUCAACAAGCGUAUUUGCCGAGUUUUGUCAACAUGGCCGCCAGGAUUGAACAGCAGCAGUAUUUGAAGCGUUCAUAUUCGGUGUCGUCGAGUUCUCGUGGUAGUGUUGGCUCAUGUACUAGUCCCUCAACACUGACAUUGCCGCCGAUUGCCGCUGCUGGCAGUACAGAAUCUGCGAGCCGGUCAGUAUGUAGGGUCAUGGUAACUGGACUGGGUUUUGAGGCUAUUACCCGCAGCUCUGAAGAGAUCGUGGCCGAACGCUUGGCCGCUGCUGCAACGACCAGUUCAGAAUCUCCCAACACAUCAGCAGCCGCAACCCUUGGAUCCACAGAAUCCCUGACCACUCUCGACCUUUCCUCAGGCUUACCAACCAGCCCGGGCGUCGCAACUCCCUCCUCGACUGCAUCACGCCCACAACGGAUCGCCAUGCCUUCCGGCUUCGGAUCUUACUUCUCUCAAUCACAACCAGCGGUUGGGUCCCCAACAGGAUCCCUGGAAUCCUUCACCAGCCGCAGGAGCUCCGACAGCAACCAUAGCAGCAAUCAUCCACACCAGUACCUCCAACGGAUGCGCUCACUCCCGCAUCUACAUAGCCCGCUCGGCACUGAGAUCCACGACAACGAGAGCGAAGAAGAUUCUCAACUCCCACCGCCGCCACGACCACAACAGCAACAACAGCAAUUAACAAAGAAGCCCACGAUGCUGAUGCGCAAGUCGUCAAGACUGACCAUCGUCACCCCUACUCCUCAACCCCCACCCUCUCACAACAACAACAACAACAACAACAACAACAACAGCCAACCAGCCUCGGCAAGUAGUGAUCUUCAAUCCCCACAACAUCCUUACACACCUUCACCACCCAUAUCACCGUACAUUGGCGAUUUCUGA